UUUUACCUAUGGUCACACUGCUGUGCUUGUGCCACCGACAUCGACCUGCUGGAAAUUUAUUACAAAUUAUAAGAAUAAAUAAGACAUAAAAGCAAGAUGACUGGCAUCAUGGACACAAUAGAAAUGCCAAAAUUGCCCGAAAAUCAAAAAACUUUCGCCGGCAUACCAGAAGCAAUAUUUCUAGAAGAAAUUGAUACGUUUAUGACACAACCUGAGAACGAAAAUUGUGAAAAAGUCUUGCAGAGGUUGGAUGAACAGCAUGGCAAAUAUCGCUUUAUGGCCUACAAUUUGGAAGCGCGUCGCCGUAAGUUAAAAUCUCAAAUACCUGACUUAGAGCGUUCGCUGGAAAUGGUGAAUGUGCUGCGCAAAGAGGAUGAGGAACGAGAAACACAGUUUCUGCUCAGUGAUCAGGUGUUCAUCAAGACCCUGGUGCCGCCCACAAAAACCGUCUAUCUUUGGCUGGGUGCCAGUGUAAUGCUGGAGUAUCCAUUGGACGAGGCAGAGGCGCUGUUAAAGCAAAACAUUACAUCUGCAGUGGGCAAUCUGAAGUCCCUCGAGCAUGAUCAGGACUUCCUUAGAGAUCAAAUUACGACAACUGAAGUGAACAUGGCUCGUGUCUACAAUUGGGGCGUUAAAAAGCGACAGGCAGCGGCUAAAAGCAAUGCCACCACUGCAACCACACCCUCCUAGAUAGUUCGGGAUGAUUCGAAGCUAAGCAAAGAACAUACUACAGAAGGUAAUUUGGGUGUCAUUCCUUUUGUAUUAUUUAUUUGAAAAGUUAACACAAUCAAUCGAUAAACCCAAAUAAAAUCACGCACUUCGCAGUGCUUUCGAGAAUUCAUUAUUUAAAA